AUGUGCCCAUCAUCUGGCAUCAAUUCGGAUCGAAACAAGCAGCUAGAGUCAUCCUCAAACGACAAGGCUGGACUGCUGGCGUCCCCUCCCAUCCAGCUCGGCGUCCAAUCUAAGACAGCAAUGGUUUCCCUUCAGGAUGACCGAAAGGUGUUUCCCUCCAGCAAAUUGGAACGUCAGACCAGUCAACCCAAGUUGGACAUGCCGCCUUCACUCAGCCUCAAGAAUCAGCCCAAGGGCACAACAGAUGCCCCACAGCGCCCUCCCAUGAGGAUCAUGUACUUCAACACCAUCCCUGCUGAGCUUCGAAUCAAGAUUUACAAGAUGACUUGGGAACCGCGUCUUGUAACUAUCACCCGACGCUGGCUCGCUGGAGAAGACGACUUGCACCGCUGGAAAGAGCAUGCUGAGGCUGUAGGCCAGAUGGUCGACGAUUUGUUCGAGGAGGGUGAUGUGACAACGGUGACCACAGGCUCCGCUCAGAUGCCAGUGACACUCUGGAUCAAUGCCGAGUCCCGAAGUGAGACCCUCAGGCAUUACCAAAUCGCUUUCGCUCGUCCAAAAAAUGGGGACAGCCAUGUCUACUUUAACUUUGGCAUUGACAAGCUGCACAUUCCUCUGCAUGGUAGUUUGGUACGAUUUAUCAGCAAAGAGGAACUUGCCAAAGUCAAGGAACUGAUCCUCCCACGCAGGAUAAACGCGUAUUUGAGGCCCAUGGGAGGUUACAGGAAGUUAGAGCACUUGAAACCCUCCAUCGUCGACCUGGACAUCAAGCUCCGCCAAUUGGACGAGGCGGGACUGUCUCAAAGUCUGGAGCCUGACAACCCCAACAUCUUCGAAAACGCAGAAUUGCGUCGACUUGCAGAAAAAAUGCAACAAGAGAUUGCACAAGUUCACAGAAUCCCUCAUAUGCUCUCUUCAUUGUGUCCAAGCCUCGAAAAGGUCCACCUUCGGUCUGUUACGACCUGUCGAUGUUGGCCUAGCCUUCUCAGGUCACUCCAGUCCAGCCGUCAUGGGGGUGAACGGUGUCUCGUCUGUAGUUGGGACAGCAGGUGCGCUUCUGAGCUUGGAAUCCCUGUUCAGCGCGAGCAGUUGGCUUCGUACAAUGCCCAUGUGGCAGAGCUGGGCAGGGAUCGAGAGAUGCGCCUGGGACGGGUCACCGUUACAUGGCGUGCUUUUGAUGAAUCCGAAGCGUCGAAGACAGGUGUAAAGGACGAUAUCAUGGACACAGUGGCUGACUGGAGCCACUUCGCGAGCGACAUGAAAUGCAGGUUGCUGGACUGCUAUGGCGGCUUGAUCCUCUUUGAGAUCUGA